GUAUCGUAUUCGGUCCUUCAAUGUGUCAAGUUAAAUUGUUGUCCUGAGCUUUCUCUAGAUUGUUUGUAUAAUAAUCACUGCAGCUCGCGUAUCCUUUCGUUUUUGCCUCGAGAUAUUAACAUCAAUAGAACAAAAUGCGACUGCUGCGUAAGAUUAAAUACAUCAUCGCAGCUGGGGCUGCUGGUGGCGUAUUGGCAAGCUAUCUUGCCGUAAGUGCAGCAGAGGUCGCCCUUGAAGAAAAGUAUAGGGAAGACCCUGCUUUGUUUGCCAAUCAAAAUUCAAGGUCCAAAUGGGAUUUCAACUGGGACAGGCAAGAACCACACACUUUGGUUAAACCGUCCAAGUCUGGAUCAGUUGAUAGCGAAAAAGUAGAGAAGGUAAAACCAACAGCAACGAGAAAUCUUAUCUUGAUUCGUCAUGGCCAGUAUAAUUUAAAGGGUGCAAAAGAUGAAGAACGAUACCUUACUGCUUUGGGUAUUGAGCAGGCAGAUCAUACUGGAAAGCGUUUGAAAGAGUUGGCUAAGCCAUACACAUCUAUAGUGCAAUCAUCCAUGUGCAGGGCUAGAGAGACAGCCAAAGUCAUUUCCGGUCACCUACCUAAUGUGCCUGUAAAUACUUGUGACUUGCUUCAAGAAGGGGCUCCUUUUCCUCCAGAGCCCCCAGUCGGUCACUGGAAGCCAGAGAUGCAUCAGUUUUAUCGAGAUGGCGCGAGAAUAGAAGCUGCUUUCAGAAAAUACUUCCACAGAGCCGAUGCUUCCCAAAAAGAAGACAGUUACGAAAUCCUCGUGUGCCACGCCAACGUUAUCCGCUACUUUGUUUGCAGAGCUUUACAGUUGCCUCCUGAGGCCUGGUUACGUAUGAGUCUCCAUAACGCGAGUAUCACCUGGAUUGCCAUCCGACCUUCCGGACGCGUUGUUUUACGAGCUCUUGGCGAUUGUGGCCAUCUUCCACCCGCUAAACUUACCACGACGUGACGUCUGCAUGGUGAUCAGUAGAUGAUGUAACAGCAAUGCUCGGAGUAGAAUUCGGUAAAACGCAAUACUUGCAAACAGCUAACUACCAUCUUUUCUUGUGACAUCAUUAGAAACUGCUAGCAUUGUGGGCUUUUCAUUUUCUUUCUCCAGCAAUGACGAAGCACAUGCCGUUGUUUUUAUUUCGGAACCAAUAAAAAAUAUGCGAUCGCUCGUAUGAACUCAAAACACUUGGCUAUGAUCUUUGCCCAUGGCCUAGUUUGCUCCCUUGUUUCCUAGUCCCAGUCGAAUUCCAUAUUUAUCCUGACUCAAAGUCCAUAAAUCUCUUUCCAGUCACGCCUUCGUCUUU